UCCUUCCUUUUGCCCCCUCAAAAAACCCUAAUUUUCUAAUAUUUCUUACUGUUUCAUCUAAAUUUUGAGCUGUUCGUAGUUGUUAACAAUUCAUAGGCUCCAAUUUUGAAUGUUUUUUUAGUUAACUGAAAAACUUAAAUAGUAUUAAUUGUUUGCAUUGGCUCUAAUUUUGUGGAAAAGGAAGAAGAUUUUUUUUAUAUGAAUGUUGUUGUGUUUAUGAAUUUUGGAUUUGUUUUGCUGAUUCAGUAUCCUGGAAUGGUUGUACGUUGAAUGUGUUGAAGGAAUUUUGGCUAGGGUUUACAUGUGGAGGAGGGGAGUGUAUUGAUGAUUGAUGCCCUAGUGGUAUGGGGGAGGAAGAGAAUAUCAAAUUAGGGUUGGAGAGAGCACCUAAGAAGCGCGUCGAGAUGGAAUUUGAUUCAGGAGAUGAUGAGCCUAUUGGGUCUUUACUGAAGCUAAAAAGCAAAAAGAACUUGAAUAAAGUCAAGGUGGAAUUAGGUAGUAACAAGGCUGUGGUUCGGAAAGCAGCGGUUAAGGAUGAAGAUUUGGUUGGCAUGGAUGAUACCUUAGCUAGUUUUAGGAAAAAGUUGAAGGGUCCUAAGAAGGAUAGUGGAUCUGUAUCAACUACUGGGAAAAGUUCAAGUAAGUUGACAGUGCAAUCUCUGGACGGAUCUGUGAACAUAAUGGCCAAGAUUGUGGAAAAGGGUCGGUCAGAUGUGGAUUGUCUAUCUGAAGGGACAAUCGAUAAAGGUUUUGAGAAAGGAAAUAAGAGAAAGAGUAAGAGGCCAAAGCUUGCUUUGGAGCCACAGAAAGUGGAGGUAUCUGGGGAUAUCUCCUUGCUAUGUGAUAAAAAGAGUGGAAAAAGCUCUCCUAAUUGCAUUGAUGGUGGCAUUCUAGAAGAUUCACUAUCAGCUUUUCUGAAGAAAGCACAAUCUGGUUUGAUUAAGAGAUCCCACAGUCCUUUGCAGUUGAAAAGAGGGAAGGAAAGUGAAGCUUUAUGUGAUGUUUUGAACUCAAACCCUAUUGCAACAGGUGAGUUAAUGCCCAUAAAGGAAGAAUGUGUCCAACUCCUUUCAUGGCCAGAGCUUUCUUCUUCUGCAUUGUACAAUGAUGAGUUGUUGAAUUCAAGCAAUGAGAUAGAUGAUGCAUCUUCCAUUAAGGUCUCAGGUGUCCUAGAUGGUGAGAUCAAAUGUCACAUUAAACUUAGUGAAGAGGAAAUUGCCAGUGUGAAUGAUAUUGCGGGUGGAAAAUGUAAGGAUCUUCAUGAUGAGGGUGUCUUGAAGAACUGUCCUAAUUGUCAUGAAAAGUCUGCUUCCAAGGACGGUUUUAGUGAUCAUUCAAUGACAGCAGGUCGUGAUAUUUCGUCUGUACAUACCAUUACUCCUGAGAAUAUCGAGAAGCUUGAGUUUGAGCAUCCUGUGUCAGAAACCAAGUUCAAUGCUGAUAUGGAUGUGAACUCAAAUGCAAUUUUAAGCAGCCGGGAAACUCAUGUAGAUGAUCAAAUUUGCUCUUCAAGCCAAGCAGAUGAUUCAGGUUCUUGUAGAAGCGUUCAGUUAUUGAACAAACUUGAUAAACCACAAGGAAGCAUUGGAAAUGUGUCUAUUCAAACUUUGAUGCCAUCCACCUGCCUGUUAGAAGGCUCACCUGCAGCCAAGGAGGAGACAGGCGCGGAAGGUUGUGGGUAUGCUCAAGUUCGUUUGACGCCUGAUUUUGUUGCAGCAGAUAAGCGUUCAAGUGACAUUUAUGAUGAGCAGCGAAUUUCUGGUGAUUCUGUUGAUGACCGAGCUUGGGCUCCAAUUUCGUUGUCAAAGGAGGAUGGUCAAGUGUUUGAGGGUGGGUUAUCUCCCGUGGCUAUAGAAAGGAAUCAGAAAGUUAAAGUUGCCAGCCAGAUGAAGCACAAGGACCAAAUAAUGGAGAAUGGUGAUGACACGUAUGGUUCUUCUAAACAAAUGACUAUUGAUAAUUCUGCCACCUCAUUGCGCAAAUGCGCUUCAGCUUUCCAUCAUUGUCAACUGGCUGAUGAGAAUUGUGAAGGUGCAAAUCAUCAAAGUCGUGAAUUUGUUACUGGAGAUGAUGAGGCUGAUGCCACAUCUUCUCCAUCAAUUACACCAGAAUGUGAUGAAAACGCUGCUGAAGAAACUGAGUCUCAACUGGCUUCUGAGGGAAAAGGGCAGAGACUCUUUUCUGGUCAACGUGCUCCACGUAAGACCAAAAAGCGUAGGCACGGGGACAUGGCCUACGAGGGUGAUGUUGAUUGGGAAAUUCUGGUGCAUGGGCAAGAUUUUCUUCUCAGCCAUCAGGAUGGAGAUGGUAGACAUUCCUUCAGAACAAGAGAGAAGCUCGAGUCUAUGUUGAUUGGUAUGGAUACUAAAAAUGGCGGGGUAGCAGCAGUAUCUGUUGGGCUGAAAGCUCGUGAAGUUGGGCCAGUAGAAAGAAUCAAGUUUAAGGAGGUGCUGAAGCGCAAAGGUGGACUCCUGGAAUAUCUGGAAUGCAGGAAUCAGAUUUUGAGCCUUUGGAAUAAAGACAUCAGUCGUGUCUUACCUCUUUCAGAAUGUGGAGUGUCUGAAACCCCUUUGGCGGAUGAAUCACCUCGGGCUUCUUUAAUUAGGCAAAUCUAUUCAUUUCUUGAUCACUGUGGCUACAUAAAUUUUGGAAUUGCUUCAGAAAAGGAUAAAGCUGAAAAUGGUGUCGACCACAACUUGAAAAUUUUGAAGGAAGAAAAAUUUGUAGAAAACUCUGGAGCUCCUGUUGCUGAUACAGAUGAUGGAGUUUCGUUUAUUCUUGGGAGGUCAAAGAGUUCUGAGAUUGUCAGGCCAGAGAAGAAUGAUGUUUUAUCUGAUGAAAGGAAAAAGACAGAAAACGGUGGAACUGAUUGCCAGCUCAUUGAUAGGCCGGCCAUAGAGUUAUCUACUCUAUCAGAGCAACGAGAAUGUCCUGCUGACGAUUUGCGGGUAAAUGGUUAUCUUGAUAUACAGUCACCCUGUCAACCAUUUGAUUUAGGUUCAGUUGGUCCAGUGCCUUCAGGUGAAGUUAAGGAUAGUGAAUUACAGAGUAUUGUACAUCCAGAUUUUUUGCCUCCUAACAAUAGAGAGAUUGAUGGUAGAACAGCCGAUAAACAUCUUGUGAUUUCAGAAGAUUCUUGUGGAUUCCCACCUGAUUCGUUCGGGAGUCAGAGGCAAAACACAUGCUGUGAUGCAGAAGGGAAAAAAAGAAUAAUUGUUGUUGGUGCUGGUCCUGCUGGCCUAACCGCAGCGCGGCACCUGAAACGCCAAGGAUUCCAUGUUACCGUGCUCGAGGCCAGAAGUAGAAUAGGUGGUCGUGUUUUUACAGAUCGCUCAUCUCUCUCUGUUCCAGUUGACCUUGGUGCUAGCAUUAUUACCGGUAUUGAGGCAGAUGUGGCGACUGAAAGAAGACCGGAUCCUUCUUCAUUGAUUUGUGCACAGUUGGGUCUUGAAUUGACUGUGUUGAACAGUGAUUGUCCACUGUAUGAUGUAGCUACUGGCCAGAAAGUGCCAGCAGAUCUAGAUGAAGCAUUGGAAGCAGAAUACAACAGCUUAUUGGAUGAUAUGGUACUGUUGGUUGCUCAAAAAGGGGAGCAUGCGAUGCGGAUGUCUUUGGAGGAUGGUUUAGAAUAUGCCCUUAAGAGACGUCGCAAGGCUCGUUAUGCAAGAAAUCAUAUGGGUAAUGAACCACAAAAAUCAUCAGUAACAGCAGUGGAAUCCAUGACACUUCCUGAUGGGGGAACUUCUCAAAAUCUUAGUUCUAAGAUAGAGAUCUUGAGCCCUCUUGAGAGGAGGGUAAUGGAUUGGCAUUUUGCCAACUUGGAGUAUGGUUGUGCUGCAUUACUUAAAGAAGUCUCUCUUCCUUAUUGGAAUCAAGAUGAUGCAUAUGGAGGUUUUGGUGGAGCUCAUUGUAUGAUUAAAGGCGGCUACAGCUCCGUUGUUGAAUCACUAGGCGAGGGACUUUGCGUUCACUUAAACCACAUUGUUACUGAUAUUUCAUAUUGCAAAGAAGACAUCCCGACAAAAAAUGACUUGUUUAACAAGGUAAAAGUUUCCACGUCAAAUGGACGAGAGUUUUCAGGAGAUGCAGUCCUAAUUACAGUUCCAUUAGGGUGUCUUAAGGCAGAAACCAUUAAAUUUUCACCACCUUUACCCUACUGGAAAGAUUUGUCUAUCCAACGGCUCGGCUUUGGUGUUCUUAAUAAAGUUGUGUUGGAGUUUCCUGAAGUAUUUUGGGACGAUUCUAUUGAUUACUUUGGUGCGACUGCAGAAGAAACAGACCAGAGGGGGAGAUGCUUUAUGUUCUGGAAUGUCAAGAAAACUGUUGGGGCGCCUGUUCUUAUAGCGUUAGUGGUCGGAAAAGCUGCUAUAGAUGGCCAGGACAUGAGCUCCUCUGACCAUGUAAAGCAUUCAUUACUGGUUCUGCGCAAGCUUUAUGGUGAGAACAGGGUACCUGAUCCAGUUGCUUCUGUGGUCACCAACUGGGGAAAAGAUCCUUAUAGCUAUGGGGCUUACUCUUAUGUGGCUGUAGGGUCAUCUGGAGAAGAUUAUGACAUAUUGGGCAGGCCUGUGGAGAACUGUAUAUUUUUUGCGGGUGAAGCUACUUGCAAGGAGCACCCUGACACAGUUGGUGGUGCAAUGAUGAGUGGGUUACGAGAAGCUGUGCGCAUAAUUGAUAUAUUGACUAUAGGCACUGAUUACACAGCAGAAGUAGAGGCGAUGGAGGAUGCAAAGAGGCAUUCGGAUGUUGAAAGGANGUUGGAGAUGCAGUUCUGUGAUAUUCUUUGAAACUGUUCAGCUUUUUCCCCAUAUUGUUGAUAUAAGCUAAUUGUUACCUCCCAAUUAUUUACUUGCAUAUGCCACCGGAAACCUCUAUAUUCUCUAUAACCAUUUCUUGCAUUUGAGUUUCUAUGCGUUAAACCGAAAGUUUUUGCAUUGUAUAUCCGUUAAUUGCUAAUGAUCGUUAUAAUCGUCAUAUCACUGGUGCAUUUGCUUCGUCUUUGUAUUGAUUUUAUUGAUCCUAUUCUUGUCAUCUUUUAUUCAGGUAUCGGGAAAACUGUAAAAGAAAAAGUCUGUGUGCAUACUAGCCGUGACAUACGUGCCAUAGCAAGUCAGCUUGUCAAUGUGUGGAUAGAAAUUUUUCGAAAGGAGAAGGCUGCUAAUGGUGGUCUGAAAUUAUUAAGGCAAUCCACUGCUGCUGAUACUUCAAAGAGUAAACACACUGGAGCACUUGGAAAACCACCAAUACGCAAUGCUAACAACAAGAAGCUGAAUGUCAAGCCAGCCACGUUGGAAACUAUUCCAGAUGUUGAACCGUCAACCUCUCAAACUUCAGUAGGAAGGGAAAAUGAUACCACUGAGGAAAGGCAAGAUUUUCCCAUGUCUGAGGAUGAAAAGGCUGCAUUCGCCGCUGCAGAAGCAGCUCGUGUUGCUGCUCUUGCCGCUGCUGAGGCUUAUGCUUCAUCUGGUGCUAAGUGUAACAUGCCUCUGCAGCUUCCUAAGAUACCCUCAUUUCACAAAUUUGCUAGACGGGAACAAUAUGCAAAUGAUGAGUCUGACAUCAGAAGGAAUUGGCCUGGUGGUGCAGUAGGAAGGCAAGAUUGCUUAUCUGAAAUAGACUCCCGCAACUGCCGAGUGAGGGAUUGGUCUGUUGAUUUUUCUGCUGCUGGUGUGAACCUUGACAGUUCAAGAAUGUCUGUUGAUAAUCGCUCGCAGCGUAGCCUCUCAAAUGACAAUGCAUGUCAGUUUAAUUUUAGGGAGCACUCAGGCGAAAGUGCACCUGUAGAUAGUAGUAUAUUCACCAAAGCGUGGGUUGAUAGCUCAAGUAGUAUAGGGAUAAAGGAUUACAAUGCCAUUGAAAUGUGGCAAUGUCAAGCAGCUGCUGCUAAUUCUGAUUUCUAUGAUCCAGUGAUGCAUGUCACUGAUGAAGAGGAUUCAAACAUGAGUUCCAAAAUGCUUAUGAGAAAGCAUGAUGUGUUAGUGUGUGAGAGCUCUGCUUCACAAAUUACUGUAAAUAAAGAGAUGUUGCAUGAUCAACCGAGAGGAGCAGAAAGAAUCAAGCAGGCUGUUGUAGAUUAUGUUGGAUCUUUGCUGAUGCCUCUUUAUAAAGCAAGGAAACUCGACAAGGAAGGGUAUAAAUCAAUAAUGAAGAAAACUGCUACAAAGGUAAUGGAACAUGCCACGGAUGCUGAAAAGUCAAUGCUUGUGUACGAAUUUCUUGAUUUCAAACGUAAAAACAAGAUUAGAGAUUUCGUAGACAAGUUGAUAGAAAGGUAUAUGCUGAUGAAGCCGGGUGCAAAAUCAUAAUGGACCACGGAUGAAUAAUCAUCCUUAUUUUGAUGCUUUGCCACAGGGUGAUCAGUCCGAUCAAUUUGUUCACUAGUGGGUACAACAAUCAUUGACGAGUGAGGAAUGUCUUCCUGAUUAAAAAAUGAUCCUUGCUAAGCUAGUUGUCUAUAGAGCUGCAGUCGAGAAAGACAAGACCGUUUUGUUGAGCAUCUUGUGGAUCUGUUUAUAGUCAGAGACUGAUUAAUUGUCCUGCUAUAAAUUUGGCACUUUUGACAUUUCUGUAGCAGUGUGCCUGCAAGAAAAACAUUCUCAAGGUGGAAAAGGCGGUUGAAAAGAUAAACAUUUUGCCAUGUGAAUGUUAUACUUCUACUCCUGCUGAUAGACGUGAAUUCCUUCGGAGACAACAAGAUUAGGUUUACAAUUGGUAGUCAGAUUUGAAGCUGUAUUAUUUAGGGAUAAAGUAGCCCUUUCUUUCUUUCUUUCAGUCAGGGUUCUCUUUUGAAUCACUUCUGACUUUUCUUUAGUUUUGGUAUGUGUACAGCUUAGGAUUGUUAUCGUUGCAACAAAUAUACAUGACAUUUUGAGGCAUCAUAUGCUUCCUUCAUUUUGAAAUCUUGAUUUUUCUCAGAAUAAGUAAAACAAAACUCUCUAUCUUCCCUCCCUUAAAGAAAUUUAUUUACUGAAGAUGAA